CACCGCCAAGCUGCAUAAAAUAGCUCCACCAAUAACUGGUUUAUUUUUAUCUUUAUCAUUUGCUGGUUCGGAAGUGGAUCUUACAGCCCGCAGGUUAGUUCAGUUGUUUUGUGUGUUUGCUGUCAUAACAAUGCCUUGCUAUAUAGAUCGUUUUAAACCUUUAUCUUACAGACGCACCAACCAUGUUUUUGCUACGCAUGUGUGUUAUUUCGAGUCUCGUCCUUUUUGAAUGACUACGCUAAUACGUGUGUGAAGCACUCCACUAAAGAGUGGCGUAUGAAGGGAGCAUCAAAGAAGGUAGUCCGCCUCCUGUUGAAACCUUGUGUUGUUGUUUUUUUGUUGUUUUUUUUUGCUUUGUAUUUGAGCGCAGCAUUUUUUUCGUAAAAGUGGGGCGGCAAAAAUCUAGGCCGACCCCCGGGACGGCACGAACCUUUGACCCGCCACUGCUUUCCAUGCAACGUACUUGCCUACUAGUUUGGAUAUCAUUUCUCUCACCAACAGAAACGUUAAAAAAAACAAAAAAACAAACGAACAAACUUAACUAAUAAACAUUUUAAAAGCAUAUUACUAUUUUAAGUAGGGCCUAUAAUUAUGCAGACUUGAAAACAAACCCCGACCUCCUCAUUCCCCACACCAACCCAGUAUGAUUCCCCGUCCUUGACGACUUUCUCUUUAUUACAUUAUUCAUCUGUGCCCAGACCUCCAUGCCUCCCCCAUUAAAAAGAGACACCCCCCCCCCCCUCCACUUGAAAACAAACCCCGACCUCCUCAAUCCCCCCACCAACCCAGUAUGAUUCCCGGUCCUUGACGACUUUCUCUUUAUUACAUUAUUCAUCUGUGCCCAGACCUCCAUGCCUCCCCCAUUAAAAAGAGACACCCCCCCCCCCUUGCGCUGUCUGCUCCAUAAAUAUUGCACUGAACUCGGCUGUAGGAGAUGAUCAGUAUAAGGUCAAAUUGUGGGGAAUACAAUGGAUAGCAUCGGCCAGUGUUGCAGCAACACAUUGCAUUGUCGUCAUGUUGAAGUUUCCUCUCGUGCAUGUGAAAGUUCAGGGGCGAUCGUAAUAUGUAAACAAAGGGAGGGGGGUUGGGGUAUCCCCCCCCCCUUUUUUUUUGUUAUUUUUGUUGAAAUACUAAAUUACUAACGAUUUUUAAUUUUAAAUAAUACUACAUACGUAAUGUGAACUUAAUAAUCAAAUGACACCCCCCCCCAACCCACACACAUACACUUUUUCCAAACAAAAACAAAAAAAAACUUUUAAAAAAACACAAAUAAUUUAAAAAUAAAAACACAAAUACACACACACACACAACUUUCUGUUUUGUUAGUUUGCAAAAAGAAAAUCCCGAGGGCGCCCAUCUGGUUAGGGCGUAAGUAGACAAUGUAAGGUUGUAAAAGUUCGUUAAAAAAGUAGUUGCCCAACAAAGGUUAUCAUGGCCAGCAGCAGAAUGACUUGGUGAAAAGUCAAGUGGGGUCCUGUCAAAAGCCUCUUUGAGAAUAUGCAUGAAUGAUCCUAGGGCUAGCGCAGUCAGUCAGCAUGACCGAAAAGGAGUCUUUUCAAAAGGGGGGGGGGAGGGGGAAGGAGAGAUGUCAUUAGUAGGAGUUAACAUUUAUUUUAUUUUAAAAACAACUUUAAAAAAAAAUAUGGGCCUAAUAAAUUUCAUUUUUUUUUUUAAAUCUGUUUCUAAUAACAAUGAUAGAUCUCAUUUGAUUCAUUGAAAAUGUAAAGAAUUAAUUUGACCGAAAUUGUAAUCGUUUGUUAUCAAUAAAUCUUUAUGGAAUAGUGAACAAUUUGUGAACUAUUUUUUAACCGUAAUUUUGUUUAUCACUAAAAAUAGUUAUAUUCUUGGUGAGCUCUCCAAUUAGAUACCAUGCUGAAUUGACCACGGCCCAGGGGAGAGGAGGGAUAUCAACUUCCACAACUCAACGUAGGGUUAGUCUAAGAUGAAAAUGGCUUUGCCCAAUGGUCGCAUCCCAGUCAAUGUUUCUACUCAAACACGUAAAGGGGUGGGGACCAACUCUUAUAAAAAAAAUAGCGUUACUAUGAUAAAGCCCAUCUCUCAUUUCCACAUGCGAUGCAGGCCAUGGCCUACGUCAAGUACGUACCCUCACUGCACAAACCGGUCAGCCAGGAAGAGAUCCAAGCCAUUUCUGACGCCCUCAAGUACGACUGCUCUCUUGACCAGGUGCAGGCCUUAACAGGUGAUUUCAUUGUUUUGGUGACGAGUCAAAAAAAAUGAUUUCAAUUAACAACUGUCAAGUAUCGUAACAAGCCUUUUCUUGUACUGUCAAUACUUUUCUUUUGUUCGUGAAAGCGUGCUUCAUCAAUAAGUAAGCUUGUAAUUGAGUUGGACAGAUAAAUAAAGUUUGGUUCAUUAAAGGACCAAAAAAAAAAAUUCAUAAUUUUUAUGCAGAAGGGGAGCAUUUUUUUUUGUGGUCAAAAUCAAGACAGCGCCAUUUUAAAAUUUAAAAUCAGGAUAUUUAAAAUCGUGUUGCGCCGUAGGGGCCACAAAAAAUAAACAACUAUUUCUGAUAACGCAGAGAGCUCAUUUGCCAGUGAGGCGGUCUUUUCUUUUGUUUUACAAUCGUGAUAUAUUUCAUUUUAAAUUUUGUAGUGCUUGACUGUACUUUUUUUUCAGUUCAAAACAAACCAUUACUAAAGGUCAAUAACCCCCCCCCCCAACUAAAAAAAAAAGUAUUUCCUGGUAAAAACAGAAUGAAUGGUCAAAAAAAUUAGUUAGAAUUUUAACUGUUCUUCAUGGGGGGGGGGGGGGGGGGGNNNGGGGGGGGGGGGGGGGGGGGCUUUUUUAAAGACAUCUUUCAUAAACUACAUUGUUUUAUUUUUGUUUUGGUUUUUAAAGGAAAAAAAACAUCCAUUUCUAAAGGGUAACUACUCAUUCCACCCACCCCCCUGCUUAUUAGUCACGCCAUUUAUUUUAGAUUUUUAGCCACUGUAAAAUUUCCACCAAAAAAAUGAAACUUUCCUAAACAUCUAAGUGGGGUGGGGGUUAUAUGAUUAUUUGUAAUGUAAACGUUAAAAAGACAUCUAAAUCCCCACUGGCAUUCUGCAUGUCAAUUUAUGCAAUCAAUCAAAUUUUUAAUGAUAACCUUUAUUUAUUAACACAACUACACCAUGGUUUCUCUCACCAGUGGGCGCUAACGAUGCCCUGGGGGCUCUUUCACUGUUAGAUUCACUCUGCGAGCCCGUCCCAGAGGUCAAGUUCCCGCGCACCCCUGGCUACAGGCCACAGCCAGAUGACCGGGUCGGAAAUGCCUGGUCAGUGGAUAAAAACAUGAAAACUAUCACUGGAGGGUUUUGCACAGGAGAGGCUCGCAAUGAAAUUUAACGGACUUCAUUUUAACAAAAAAGUUCCGGGUGAAAAUUUCCUAAAGUUAUUUUAAAAUCCCAACAAAAAAAAAACAACAAAUUCAUAGGUUUAAGUAAAUGUAGAUACAACUAGCUGGAUGAGCUAACAAUUGGAGAAUCCUGGACUGGCCGACUUCUAGAGGAAGCAGCCUGUAAACCCUAGAAAGAUUUUGUUACAUAAUGAAGCAAAGAAUUCUGGUAACCCCAAAAAUAUCCCUCACAAGAAUAGGGAAUGCUAAAGGAAGCUCGUGGUUCAGACAAGUCAGAUGAUUCUAAGUGUUUGAUGAUUGGCGUGUGAGUUAGUUGUGUGAAUUGAAAAGAUUUUUUUUUUUUUUGGGGAUGUCCAUAAGACUUGACCGUCUCUGAUUCUCAGGGCUUGGAGAUGUGACGUCCGAGGGGCGCCAACCGGAAAGCUUGCAGGAAAAACGUUCGUCAUUAAAGACAACGCAGCCGUGGCCGGUGUUCCCAUGUCUAAUGGGAGCAAACUCCUGCAAGGAUACAUCCCAGAGUUUGAUGCCACUGUUGUGUCCAGGAUACUGGACGAAGGUCUGGAAACACUGAAAUAUUAUUGCAUUUUUUCCAUUCAUUUUUUUUUUAAUCUGUAAAGAAGCCCAAUUUAUUUUGUUCGAUUUUAAAAAAAAUAAAAGAAAUAUAAUUAAUUGCCGUAACUGACCGAUAUCACUUUUAUUUGGACUGUAAUAACAGAGUGAAUUCAAUAACUGCUCAACCUUGAUGGAGUUUUUUUUUUUUUUUAAACAGGUGGUAGAAUUUUGGGCAAAGCUUCUUGUGAUGAUUUUUGCCUGAGUGCCAUGGGCUUUUCCUCUGUGGAUGGCUACGUGGUGAUGCCGGAGAAACCCGACUACAGGGUUGGGGGGUCAAGCUCGGGGUCAGGUGUACUGGUGGGUAGCCGUUAGAACAAGGGCAAUCGCUCUUGGUAAUGUUUUAAAUGAGAGUAAAAAUCCUUUUCCAUACAGGACAUUAACAGUUCCUCUCCCAAUGAAGCCCCCCUACCUCCAAAUCUGAACCUGCCACUCAAGGCACAGCUGCCACUCAAUGCACAGCUGCCACUCAAUGCACAGCUGCCACUCAAUGCACAGCUGCCACUCAAUGCACAGCUGCCACUCAAUGCACAGCUGCCACUCAAUGCACGGCUGCCACUCAAUGCACAACUGCCACUCAAUGCACAGCUGCCACUCCAUGCACGGCUGCCACUCAAUGCACGCCUGCCACUCAAUGCACAAAUGCACGGCUGUCACUCAAUGCACAACUGCCACUCAAUGCACAGCUGCCAAUCAAUGCACGGCUGCCACUCAAUGCACGGCUGCCACUCAAUGCACGGCUGCCACUCAAUGCAAGGCUGCCACUCAAUGCACGGCUGCCACUCAAUGCACGGCUGCCACUCAAAGCACACCUGUCACUCAAUGCACAGCUGCCACUCAAUGCACAGCUGCCACUCAAUGCCCAGCUGCCACUCAAUGCACAGCUGCCACUCAAUGUACGGCUCAAACAGCAUACCCCAGUAAAUAAACAGAAAGAAAGUCAAUUACUAUUUUAAAAAACUAUGUUGCAAAGGAAUUACAAACAAAUCUUUUACGAGUUUUUUUAAAAUAUUUUUUAUAAUGAUUGAAUCUUAACCUCCUAUCUUUAGUGUAAUGCAAGUGUUCUUAACAUUUUUUUUUUUUUUUUUUUUUUUUGCACUGCACGCCCAUCUGAAUCUUAAAACAUAGUUCCCGAACCUCUACAAUAAAAAAAAAUAAAAUAAAUAAACCUGAUUUUCUGGAUUUUCCCGCAACCCCUUGACUGCGCCUCCCACACCCCUUGGGCACCCCUGGUGUAAUGUGAUUACCUCUGAUGCCCUCGUUACAUGAAAUUAGUUCAUAUUUUGCAAAAAAAAAUUGUUUGACCUAAACAGGUAGCUACAGGACAAGUCGAUAUGGCGAUAGCAGCCGACCAAGGGGGCUCGAUCCGCAUCCCAGCUGCCUGGACAGGAACAGUGGGUCUCAAGCCGACAUAUGGCCUGGUGCCAUACACUGGCCUUGUAUCAAUAGAACCGACGGUGGACCAUGUUGGACCGAUAGCUAAAAAUGUGGCGGAUUGUGCCCUUUUCCUCGAGGUAAGCUUGAGACUGAUCCUAAUAUUGUUUUUUUCAAAAUUAAUAAAAAGAUAAGAUAAGAUAAGAUUCUUUUAUUGAUCCAAAUAAAUGGAAGUGUUUUUUGAUUGCAUUAUACAUUUUCAGCACAAAAAAUAAAACAAUUUGAACACAAGACAUUUAUAAUAAAUUAUUUCAAACAGCCAUUCAGUGAGUUCUCUUAACAAAAUCGGGGACUUAUUAGUUCUCAUUCAGAUGAGUUUAAUGGGAGGUCAGCAUUUCUUGUACAAUUAUACUAAAGAGUAACUUUUUUUUUUUUAAUACUAAUUUUUGUUGUUGUUGAUGCUAUAUUCAGUAAAAAUAUUUGUGAAUUAUUAUAAAAUUUUCAUAUUAAAAAAAAAUGUUUAUCUGUGAAAAGUUGAUCAGCAUAUUGGUAUGUCUUCUAAAGUGAUUAAUAGUCUUAAAACAUGUAUGGUUAUGCAACCAGGAGAAACACGGGGAUAGUCUUUUUAUACAAAUUAAGGUCAUUGGAAAUAUUGAAGGAAAUAUUAGCUCUUGGGUAAUUAAACUUCAGUGCACCAAGAUGCUAAUAAAACAGAGAUUGGCUAAAAGUAAAUAACCGUUUCAAUCAUAAGAUUACUUAAAAAAUUUCUUUUACAUUAAAUUAUUGUUGCACGUUCUUUCUGGUAGGUUAUUGGGAAAAAAACAAAGGUGAUUACAUUUUAAGAGCAUGAUAAUUGUGUUGUACUGACCAGGUAAUAGCCGGCAAUGAUGGCCUAGAUGGACGACAGACUGCAAAUUUGGACGUACCAGAGUACAGCAAACAGGUAAGAUGUCCAAGUCGUGUUGACAUUAUAUUCAGUUAAAAAGUUUCUUUUUUUUAAAAAAAAAAAAGGCCUACACUAAAAUUAAAGAUCAAACAGAUAGACAUUUUAAAACUAGUCUGUCCAUCUCUAAAUUGAUAUGAACGGGCAGAGGUAGGACCUAUAUAUAGCUCUUGGCCCUUAUCUUUUUAUGUGAGUGGUGGUGUACUACAAGGAAGCAUCUCUGAAUCUACUCAAAUAGAAUGUGUAACUAAGUAUUAUAAAAUUUAAUACUAAGAAAAAACAUCUGGUGUUGGAACCCAACAAAAUAAUAAUAUUUUCAUAAUUAAAGUAUUCUAUCAAGAUAUAUUGAAAAGAAAUUAAUUGUCUCUUACUGGUAAAUUUAUCUAAAAACUGAAAAUGCGCAAAAUUAUCAAUUCUUUUUUUUUUUUUUUCCUUCUCACAUUUUUAAAGCUUGAAGUUGGGAUAUUGCACAAAAAGCUUGGAUUGCUUAAGGAAGGAUUCGAUACAUGCGUGCCUGAAACUCAAGCUGCAAUCAGAGAGUUUCUUAACAAUGCUGCACUUGCCGGACUGGACACAGGAAAUGUGUCCGUGCCACUUCAUAAAUACGGUAGGGUGUCUUUAAAAAUAAGUAUACUCCAAAAAUACAAAUAGUGUUUCGUUCUAGAAAUAAUUUGUAUACCGGAAAUUAGUCUGGACACCAAAAUUGUGCUUUAAAGAAAAAAAAUUCUAAUUCAAUUUUUAGAAGUUAUAGAUAAUAGAUAACUGAUAAUAUUUUACAGGAUUAGCUCUCUUGACAGGCUUUCUUUCACAGGGCUCUAACACUUGUUUCAAGCAGGGAAGUAAGUAUUGAUCUCAUUUAUUUUGGUAUUAUUGUCAUUCAAUUAAUAAAGUUGUCUUUUGCCAGGGUUGAAUGGUUUGCAUGUCGAUACAAUUAAAUUAUCUGCAUGAAAAAUAUUUGUCAAAAUACGCCCAAUGUUCAAAAUAGAAAGAUUGUGAUUCGUUAAACGGCAAGCACUCCUCGGAGUUGUAAAUUAUUGUUUACUAUCAACAUAAAAUAUGUCAGUAAACCAAUAUUAUUUUAAUAAACCCAUAUUCAUCGAAUAAUAAUAAUAAUACAUUUUAUAAAUCUUAUUUUUUUGUGAAUUCAUAAAACAGUAUAAAGUGUUUUGGACCAAUUGGUUUUAUUGAGAUAUUAAAUUUGUCAGCUGCUGCCCAGUUUCUUCAAGGGUUUUACCCAACCAGCCUAGAAAAGGCUGUCCGUCAGGGCGGUCAGUGCGCAGGGGGUCUCCUGGCACCGGGCAUAAAGAGCUUUACAACCAUCGGAGAGCUCAUUAGCCGUCGGUACGGCAACCACUACUACUGCAAGAGCAGAAACAUCAUUCUGGAACUAACCAGGCAAUAUGAGGAGGCCCUGGAGAGAUGUGAUGUCAUCGUCAUGCCGACUCUGACCCAUGUGUCAUCAAAGUUUACCAGCAGACGCUCCACGGAAGUGGAGACACAAACAGGUCAUUUAUGAACGUGAAUUUGUUAACAUUUAUUCCAAAGGAAGUUUUGUUUAUGUAUAAACAGAUUUCAGCCUCACUAGUUUUAGAGACACAUCUAUGAAAUAGUAGAGAGGGAAAAUCCAAUGUGGCUACCUAGGACUUUCUUAUUUAUAAUCUUUUUUUAUCCAGAAUAUCAUUGUACAUGUGAAUUAAUCCUCCAUUUUAUAAACUCAGUUUAUUAAAGAAACUACAAUGAAUUUUUACUUGAUUUUUAGAAAAAUCAUCUAACCACUUUUCUUUGAACUUCAAGUCAGAAAUUCUUCCUCCAUGGUUUUGCACUACUCGUAAAUUUUCCAUUAGAUAAACUGUGAUUUAGCUACACUUUAGGUUUUAAUUAGUCAUAAUUAUAAACCUCCUGGGGAUCCAAAAAUGGCUUAAGAGGUUUUAAAAUUUAGAAUUUUUCUACCGCUCACUAACACCUUGGUGCAGAGUCAAUGGUUUAUCUUACCAGUAAUGAUGCUUGCAUUAAAUUUUUAAGAUAACCUUAAGAAGAUAUGAGCCAUUAUAUUGUUUGACCACUUAUUUCAGGAGUCACAGACAUUUUAUAACAUUUUGAGCAAUAAUUUUUUUAGAGCAUUAAAUAAGAAAUCAAACUUUGCAAAGAAAUGGCAUGCAAAGGGGAAACAAUUAGCUUCAGAGUAUUUGCCCAUUUUGGAUACUGACUCACCAACCAAGAUACUAUAUUUACACUAUGUAAUAAUAUGGUCAUACUAUUUUAUUCUUUGAUUGCUGGUAUGCCAUAAUAAAAGACAUGACUAUCAGAUGUUACUCCCAGUCUUUCUGUUCCAAUAAAAAUUGACGCAUAUUUUGUUUCAUUUUUACAGCUUACUUAAAGGAAAGCACGGACCAGAUUGCAAACACGGUUGUGGCAAACAUGACAGGCCACCCAGCCCUGACCUUGCCACUUGGGAAACUAGGAGAUGGUUCUAAAGAUAGUCUGAUGAUUGUUGGCAAAAAGUUUGACGAGCUGACAGUCCUACAAGUGGCUAGAGCUCUAGAAAAAAUUAUACCAGCUAGGAAUGAAGACAAUUAACUGUAAGCUAUUCAUUUUUUCGCUUUAUUCUUUUUUCAUGCAUGAUGUUAUAAACUUUACUGAAUUUAUUUUCUGGGGGUUUUUAAUUCACUUAUUCAAGACUACUGUCACAGUGAGAUUUAAUAAAUAUUUAUUAACUUCUCCUGGCAAGUAUUUUUUAUUUUUUUAUUUUCAGGUUGAACUUGUGAAUAAUCUAGUGUUAUUCAGUGUGUAACAUCUUUUUUUUAAAGUAAACACUGACUGGUCUAAUUAUUAAGAUCUUAAGGAACAAUUUUGUUGAAUUGUAAGAGGCACUCAUGAACUGUUUAUGCACUAAAAGUUCUAUAUAUCUUUGUGUAACCGUCAAGCACAUAGAAAGAAAUAUGGAAAUACAUAUAUAUUUUGAAGAAUAAAUUUUUAGAAUAACUAAAUGGCACCAUGUUAUCAAUUUCCCAAACCUGUUGGGCUUUUCUUCUUAUUUUAUUGCCAAUAUCAAACUGAAACUCACAAGCUUGAUUUCUUGGAAAACUGGAAUAAAGAAAUAAGCCUAAAUUUAGCAGACACAAAAUUAGACACACAUAACGAAACCUAAUGAUUAUUUAAAGACCUUGAUGAGAGUUGAGAGUACAAUUAUAUCAAUUCCAUUUCUGUGAUGUUCAAAAUAGUUUUUCUUUGGUGACAAUUCGUUUGUGACACUAUCUUCUCCCAAAUAAAAUUCAAAAGUUUAUGAAUAAUAUUUUUAGUCUUCAAAAUGAUCUGAAAACACAAGUGUUAAAUUCUGCAUCAAUUUAUCUUGUACUAAAUGAUCAAUUUAUGCACGAUGUAGUUAUCUUUAAAACUCUCUAACUGAGCAAUACAAUCACGCAAAAAAAAAAAAGAAAAACUGUACAUAAAAUAAAAUGAAAUUAUUUAGAUUAAAUGCACCUAACUGAACCAAACCUAAAUUUUGAACAUUUUCAUAACACCGAUGAGUAUAAUCCCUGCAUUUCGCAAAUACCUUCUGGGAUGAUUGUCUACCUUAUUUUCCAGUUAAUGCAUAAUGGCUGUGUUGCUCCGGGUUGAAAUGGCUAGAAAGACUUUGCCAUUGUAUGCUUGUAAUUAGUUUUUGUAGUGUUGCGUUUGUUUUAAAUGUGGUUAAUUAUAGAUAUGUUUUUUGUUGACUUUGUACCGCGCUUCGAGCCUUUGGGGAUGAAGCGUGUUUUUGAAAUGAACUUUAUUAUUAUUAUUAUUAUUUAUAAUAAGCAUACAUUUUAAUUCUUGUAACAUAUUUGGGAAAAUAUUUUUUACCUCUGUUUAGGAUGGGUUUUGAUUUUUUUUAACUGUAAAAUAAACAACACACUUUUAUAAGAAAAAUUUUAAUGAUGGUUAAAAACAUUUUUGUACAAUAGCUUUGACUCACA